AUGAAGAGAUCGACUUCCGCAGAGCACGAGACCCCCAAGAAGCGGCGCAAGUCGCGAGUGCCUUACAGCAGCUCGCCCGCACAGGGCCAUCGCACGCCCAAGCCUCCGCGCAGCAAAGAAGCCAAAGCGUCCUCGCACGAGCUUCAGAAGGUUCUCCAGAGCCACAAGGCGGAGUCCGCCCGCGUGCCCUCGUCCGCUCCGCAUGCUUUGCUCGAGCCCGCGGCGCAGCUGCUCGAGACGCCGCCGGCCACCAGCCCUCCAGAGAGCCUGGUAAGCGUCAUGCAAAAGAUACCCCCCUCCUCGGGUUCGGUCGAGAUGGAUCUGAGCGACGGCGAGGAGACCCCUGGCGAGAAGAAGACAGCGGCGGACCGCGCUGCUACGCCGAGGGAGGGCCAAGACGAGACUAGCGACAAGGGAAUCUCGGCCAAGAAGGAAGAGCCCGCUCCGGAGAAAAACGCAACCGAGCCCAAGACGCCAAUCAUAGACCUCGAGAGCGCGGUCACAGAGACCCCGGAGCCCAAGACGACGGAGCCGGCCGAUGCAAAGGCAGCAGUCGUCGUCGAGAUUAUGGCAUCGCCGCGCCAAGGCACUGGUGCUUCCGCCGACGAUGCCAUGGAAAUCGACCCGACCAGUCCUUCCGAGCAGCUCAAGCACGAGCACCAGAAGAGCCAAGCCAGAGGCGACCAGGACAUGCCCGACCACAUGUCCGGCACCGUCGUGAGCUCCCAGUGGCUCCUCGCCAAGCUCAACCAGCUCUCCGCCGCCACCCUCGACGCCGACCGCAUCGGCAUCCAGCAGGAACUCCUCGCCAUGCAGGCCUCCGUGGCGCAGCUCCCGCGCGCCGUUCUCACGCCGCCGGCGCUGCCGCACCGCCCUGGCCGCAGCAGCAGCAGCACCUCGUCGAUGCAGCGUCUUAAACUGAUGGAGCAGCUCAUCAAACCGCAGCUGGCCGGGAGCGGCUUUCCCUGGCGCGGCUACAAGGCCAAGCUGGCGGCGCUGUGCGCGGGCAACGAGAUCCACAACGCCGACUACCGGCAGCGCCUGGCAAUGGUCAAGGAGAUUAUCUACCUGCCCGAGGAGAUGAACCUGGUGCGCGGCGGCAGCGCGGAGCGCAUAGAGUGCGCGGUGCGCGUGUGCGCGAUGGCGACCGAGGUGCUCGGCCGGGACGGCGAGGUCAUGGUGCCUAAGGAGGAAAUGGAAAUGGCGGCGUGGAUGGCAGCGUGGAUGGCGGGCGAGCUCCAGGACGUGGCGUGGAAGGCCAAGGUGACUGGCGCGUGGCGCAAGUACUGGCCGGAGCCGACGACCAACACGGUGAUGUUGGACUAA